AUGCACAGCGCGCCAGGACUCGAUUCGGAAGAGAUCCCGGAGACGGAAGAGAGCGCGCCGCCGCCUGCCAGCUCCCUGGAGGCCGCGGCGCCGACAGCUGACGUCUGUCGAAGGAUCUUCAAAAAUUACUUCGACUUCCGAGACUCGCAGCCUACUACGCGGAACCACGCCUUUGACCCGCCGGCUCGACACUCCGACGGCGCCACGGGCGAAAUCCCCAAUCAGAACUUCAUGGUCAGCCGGGGGCCGGACCACCAGCGCUGUCGCUACUGCGCUCAAGUGUUUCAAGAACAUCAAUUUGCACAGCGAAUUUUACAUCAACGGUUUUGUAGUAAGAACCCGAUGUCGGUACAGACUUGCGUAUUUUGCGCGUUGUCAUUUCGUUCAACGUACGACAGUCUGGCGGUGGAGUUGGUUGCGGAGCAUGAGGAUGUGUGUGCGCAAAAUCCGCGGAAUAUGUGCACUCACUGCGGACAAGGCUUCGGUGGGCCGGGAGGACGUGUGACGGUACAGGAGGUGAGAUUGCAGUUGGAGAAUCAUAAGAAUGUGUGUCAGUUAAAGCCGGAGAAUCAUGCGCAAUGUCGGUUUUGUGGGCAAGUAUUGUCGGCUAGUGUUGCAGGGCCGGCGAUGGCCUUGUUAGAACAGCACAUGGAGAUCUGUGUGGAGAACCCGCGCAAUUCCUGCCGGUUCUGUCACCAAAAGUUUAACGGACCUGCUUUUCCACCUGAGGCCACCCCGGUCGCCAGACGGCGGCGUCAUGAGGCUGCUUGUCCCGUCCGACUAGCGAACCGGCAAUACCACAAGAUGCGGUCGAUGCCAGCUGGAAUGCCUGGCAUGAUGCCCGGUAUGAUGCCUGGCAUGAUGCCCGGAGCCUACUACUCGCAUGGCGCCUUCUCCCAAACACCCGGGUCGCGGUUGAGGCCGAGCGACACAGUCAUGCUCCCGGAAGACGCUACACGCAUCAUCCAAAAUAUCCAAAGCCAAUUCAACGCCCUGAAACCAGACGAGCGCAGGGCCUUCCUCAGACGAAUGCAGCUCGAGUGGCACCCAGACCGAGUCGCAAUCAAACACCCUGAAAGCGAACAUCUAGCCACAAAUGUUUUUGUGGCUGUCCAGAAGCUGUGGAACGUCUAUGUCAACAUUUGA